AGGUUGAAGGCUGCCUUGACUCACCACCCUGCUGCCAUGUCAAACGGGAAUAUGAACACCAUGGGGCACAUGAUGGAGAUGAUGGGCUCCCGGCAGGACCAGACACCACACCAUCACAUGCACUCACACCCGCAUCAGCACCAGACACUGCCGCCCCAUCACCCCUACCCACACCAGCACCAGCACCCUGCCCACCAUCCCCACCCGCAGCCCCAUCACCAGCAGAGCCAUCCACAUCAUCACUCCCAUUCCCACCUUCACGCACACCCGACACACCACCAGACCUCGCCACACCCACCCCUGCACACCGGCAACCAAGCACAGGUUUCACCAGCCACACAACAGAUGCAGCCAACCCAGACAAUACAGCCUCCCCAACCCACAGGAGGACGCCGGCGAAGGGUGGUGGAUGAGGAUCCUGAUGAGAGGCGGCGGAAAUUUCUGGAAAGGAACCGGGCAGCCGCCACUCGCUGCAGACAGAAGAGGAAGGUCUGGGUGAUGUCACUGGAAAAGAAAGCAGAAGAACUCACCCAGACAAACAUGCAGCUUCAGAAUGAAGUGUCUAUGUUGAAAAAUGAGGUGGCCCAGCUGAAACAGUUGUUGUUAACACAUAAAGACUGCCCAAUAACAGCCAUGCAGAAAGAAUCACAAGGAUAUUUAAGUCCAGAGAGUAGUCCUCCCACAAGUCCUGUCCCAGCGUGCUCUCAACAGCAAGUCAUCCAGCAUAACACCAUCACUACGUCCUCAUCCGUCAGCGAGGUGGUGGGAAGCUCCACCCUCAGUCAGCUCACCACCCACAGAACAGACCUGAAUCCGAUUCUUUAAAAUGCACGGUCACACCUUGCCUCUAAGAAGAGCUGCAGCAUACCACACAUCCUUUCUUGUAAGGGCAUUUUUAGAAUUAACUCAGACCUGGAAGACGCCCCAGCCCUUCAAAGACUGGCUCUCAUUUUUCUACUUAUUAUGGAAAUGUUGUCUUUUAUACUUACUUAUAUAAGAAAAAAGGGAGUUAUGCAAUUAAUAUCUAUCAGCUUGGGAAAUGCUUUGGUGCUUUUCUCCAAUUUUCUGGUACCAGAUACUUGUUUAUAAACAGAACCUUUUCUGUAUAUAGCCAUGGUUUCAUUCUUAUCAGACCGACCCUUUGCCUGAAACAAUGAAUCUUGUUAAACCACAGUUUUCAGCCAAAAUGAGGCAUACCCAGAUGUCAAGUAAGAUGGAUCCAAUGUAACUGGGAAGGAAAUCUGAUGACAUCAUAACUCAUGUUGAGUUUGUGCUGUGAUGUCACCAGAAUCCCAAAUAAACAUAAAGCCUUUCUGACAAUUUUUUUUCCUCUUACUAGAAAAAAAAUCAUGAUCCAUUGAUGUCUAAUAAAACUACCCCACAUCUUACCUCCUUCUUUCCUGCUCUUGGUUCAUGUGCUCAAAUGUCCAAUUUUACUCUCCAGUUCCACUUUAUCUUGGGUUCCCUGUUUACUCUUCAUUUUAACUUUCUUCUAUUUCAUUUUUUUUCUUCCCCUUUUAUCCUUGCAUGUGAAGAAGAAAAUAAUGUGUAAA